AUGUCUAACCAAUCAAGAGUGACUGAAUUUCUUUUGCAUGGAUUUGCAGAUAUUCAAGAACUGCAAAUAUACCACAGCAUCGUUUUUAUAAUCAUCUACUUGGUGGCCUUCAUGGAAAACCUUCUCAUCAUCACAGUCAUCAUUUACAGCCAUCAUCUUCACAUACCCAUGUACAUCUUUCUGGAAAAUCUAUCAUUUCAAGACUUUGGCUCUAUAUCAGUCACAGUCCCCAAAUCCAUGGUAAAUUCCUUGAUGAACACCCAGGCCAUUUCAUAUUCUGGAUGUGUGAGCCAGGUUUUCUUCCUCGUUUUCUUCAUGAUAUCUCAUUUCUUACUCCUUGGAGUCAUGGCAUAUGACCGCUAUGUUGCCAUCUGCAACCCAUUGAAUUAUGAGACCGUGAUGAACAAGAAAGUUUGCAUCCAGAUGGCAAUGGGUGCAUGGCUUGGUGGCCUCUUCUAUUCAAUACUGUAUACUGGAAAUGCAUUCACAGUGGAGUUCUGUUCCAAUGUGAUCUAUCAGUUCUUCUGUGAAAUCCCACAGUUACUCAAGAUUGCUUGCUCUGGCUCUUAUGAUACUGAAAUCUGGAUUAUUACCUUUGGUGUUGGUUUAGGUUUCAUAUAUUUCACACUAGUUAUUUUUUCUUAUGUUCAGAUAAUCAGAGCAGUUCUAAAAAUCCCAUCUACAAAGGGGAAGCAAAAAGCCUUCUCGACUUGCAUGCCACAUCUUAUUGUCAUCUCGCUGUGUGUGGUAAGUGGCACUUUUGCCUAUUUAAAGCCAACUGCCAGUUCCCCAUCAGCAUUAGAUCUUUUAGUUUCCAUAUUAUACUGCAUUGUGCCACCAGUGAUGAACCCCCUGAUUUAUACCAUGAGAAACACAGAGUUUAAAAAGGCAUUCUGGAAGCUUAUUCUCCGAAUGUCUCCCCAAUUCUUCAUUAAAAAGAAAUCUCCAGUGUAUGUACUUUAG